AUGUGGGUGCCUGAACUCCUCUUUUUUAUUUAUUACAGUGUCAGUUGUUCUGCACAGGAAAAUGCUCUUCCGGUGCCAAGCGUGCAUCUGCAGUCCCAGUGGUCUGAGGUGUUUCCGUCUGAACUUGUCACAUUAAACUGUGACAUACAGAGUGAGGACUGGGCCAUUGUGUGGUACAGAGAUGAGCAGGAGGUCCCUGACAGCUCUGUGACUCUCUCUGAGGAGAACAAGAUACUGAAUUUUAAUGCACUUUCACACUCACAGAGUGGACAGUACAGCUGUAAAGGCCGGCGCAAAACCAACGCCUCUGUCAGCACAACACGCAGCAACGCUGUGCAGAUCACUGUCCAGGAACAAAAGCUGAAUCCAGCAAUAACCAUCGAUGGGAACCUGCGAAACAUAUUUGUUGGUGAAUCGUUCAAACUGAGAUGUUCAGUCCGUGAGCAGUCUUUGUGGAAAUAUGUAUGGUACCGGGACGGUACCAUCAUACAUCGAUCUUCAGAGGAGGAGCACAUUGUGGGGUCUGCAGCGGUCACUGAUACUGGAAACUACCACUGCAGAAUAAAGAGAGGAGGAGUGACGGUCAGCUCAGACAGUAAUACUAUCAGUGUUCAAGUAACAGAUGUCCCCACGCCUACAGUGAAGUUGUUAAGUCCCUGGUCCGAUGUGAUUAUGAAGGAGAAGGUGUUGCUAAGAUGUGAGACUCUGGGGCCAGACUGGACCUUCAGCUGGUUUAAAGACGGACAAGCGGCUUCUAGUCCAAACCUAAAAGUCACUGAUCAGGGAGGAGCACAGCUUACGAUCACCGCUGUUUCUAAGAGUCUGCAGAGGAAAUACACCUGCAGAGCCCAACAUAACACCAGACACGUCCUCUCUGCGCAAAGCCAACCAGUUACAAUCACUGUACAUGAUACACCCAAACCCACGCUCUCCAAAACCCCUGCACUCCCCAGGCUGUAUAUUGGUGAGACAGUGACCUUCUCGUGUGCGGUGUCUCUGUCUGGUGGGUGGACGUUCAAGUGGUUCAGAGAUGAUGUAGAAAUUGGACGCUCAGAUCCCACUCUCAGCAUCACCCUGGGUCGGUCUGAUGCAGGGGGGUACUCCUGCAAAGCCCUCAGGGGCACUGGAGGAGAAACUCACACCAGUGACAAGAUGACACAAGCUGUUUCUGAUGUCCCCACGCCUACAGUGAAGUUGUUAAGUCCCUGGUCCGAUGUGAUUAUGAAUGAGGAGGUGUUGCUAAGAUGUGAGACUCUGGGGCCAGACUGGACCUUCAGCUGGUUUAAAGACGGACAAGCGGCUUCUAGUCCAAACCUAAAAGUCACUGAUCAGGGAGGAGCACAGCUUACGAUCACCGCUGUUUCUAAGAGUCUGCAGGGGAAAUACACCUGCAGAGCCCAACAUAACACCAGACACGUCCUCUCUGCGCAAAGCCAACCAGUUACAAUCACUGUACAUGAUACACCCAAACCCACGCUCUCCAAAACCCCUGCACUCCCCAGCCUGUAUAUUGGUGAGACGGUGACCUUCUCGUGUGCGGUGUCUCUGUCUGGUGGGUGGACGUUCAAGUGGUUCAGAGAUGAUGUAGAAAUUGGACGCUCAGAUCCCACUCUCAGCAUCACCCUGGGUCAGUCUGAUGCAGGGGGGUACUCCUGCAAAGCCCUCAGGGGCACUGGAGGAGAAACUCACACCAGUGACAAGAUGACACAAGCUGUUUCUGAGGUCCCUGUCCCUCAGCUGAAGGCCCUCACUCCUUGGCUGGAUGUGUUCCCCUCUGAGGCAGUGGUGCUGGGCUGUGAAGCCUCCUCUGCUCCACACGACUGGACGUACGAGUGGAUGAAAGACGGGCAGAAAAUGUUGUCACCCUCUCAUCACACGCUCAACAUCAACUCCGCAUCAGCCGCUGAUGUUGGCCAGUACAAAUGUAGAGCCGUGCUGAAGGGCAGGCGAGUCACCACCUCCUUCAGCACAGGACUUGCUCUCACGGUGUACACUGAGAAACCCCAACCUUUACUGGUCCAGUCUCCCGACUACUCCACGCUCUUUCCCCAGGAGCCUCUGUCCCUCCACUGUCGCAUCACUGAGUCCAGCGGGUGGCACUUUGUGUGGUACAAAAACAAUGUACAGCUGCCAUCUACUGCAGAGAAGUAUGAAGUCAAGUCUCCUGAUGCCACACACUCCGGCUCAUAUUCAUGUCAGGCCAGAAGGGGCCAGAUUCACAGCUUCAGCACCGACUUGAGUCAUGAAAAAAAAGUUGAAAUAAGAAAGGAUGCUCCGGUACCGGUGCUGUCGCAGUUGCCUGAUGUGGACACAGUGUACAUGGGAGAAAUUGUAAUAUUUUAUUGCAAACUGAACCUGUCGUCAGACUGGGAGUAUCACUGGUACAAACACAACCAGAACAUACCUGUUGUCAGCGAUUCCUACAGUAUUAUAGUCAACGCAACACACGGACAGAGAGAAGUUUAUAAAUGCAAGGCCAAAAGAAAGAAAACCUUGUUUGAAACGGAGAGCCAGGAAAAACACAUAACUAUUUCUGACAUUCCUAUUCCGUCUGUGAAGUCCUUAACUCAGUGGUUGGACGUCUUCCCAAUGGAGACUGUAAAGUUGCAUUGUGGGAUGGAGACUGGGGCGUCUGAUUGGAUUUACAUUUGGAACAGAGAUGGACGGACAAUUGCACAAAAUGAACAAAGUACGCAGAGAAACCAGAAUGGCAGUGUUCUGACUAUUGUCUCCUCUGUGUCACUCGCGGGGCAGUACUGCUGCAUGGCAAAGCACAGGAGAAGACCAGUCAACAGCAUCAACAGUUCAGCAAUAAGACUUCAGGUGUACGAUGAAAAGCCCAGAGUUACACUUGUCCAAGAUCCAAAAGAGAAGACCUUCUACACUGAUGAUCCAGUGUCUUUCAGUUGUGGAGUCAACGUGUCGUCCGGGUGGGAGUAUUCAUGGUACAAAAACAAUGUUUUUUUGGAAUUUGGACCAAACCACACUAUCCGGCACGUUCACACAUCGCACAGUGGAGAUUAUAAAUGCCUGGCCGGAAGAGGACCGUUUCAAACAGAUCACAGUCAGAGUGCGAUUAUUCAAGUCAAAGAACGACCCUCAGCAUCUGUACUUCUGCUAACAGGCUGGUCUGAGGUGUUUUCCACAGACAGCCUUGUGCUCCAAUGUGAGGCAAGAGAUAGUGAGGAUAAGGAUUGGGAAUUCCAAUGGUUCAAAGGAGAUGAAAAGAUUGAGCAGCCGCUUUCUUAUGAACAUACGGUCACGCCCCAGAAUGAUCCUGACCAGAGCCAGUACAUGUGCCAGGGCGUCCGCUCCGGAAGGCCGUCUUACACCAAACACAGCCAACCGUUGAAAACAACCAACCUGUUGUUGAAGAGGAGGGUCCUUCUGUCCAUCUCUGGGUGUUUAGUGUUUGGACUUUUCACUGUUUUUCUUGGCUGCAUUGUCUUGAGAGUUUUCCGCAAGCAAGAUGCUAAACUUGUUCAUGUUGUUGACCAAGAGAAGCCAGAAGAGGUUGACCUAUUUCUGACAACGGCAGAGCUAUCAAAACACGCACCGAAUCCUAUGGCUGAGUAUAUUACCGAUGAAGACCUAACAGGCAUUGAAACAAAGGAUGAUGAAAAUGGAACAGUGGAUUGUGACACGACACUUUUACCGAGAGCAUCCGAAGAGAAUCAAGCAACACCCUCUGAGAGCAACUGUGCAACUGGGAAUAGUGAGAUGGUUUCAUUCAAGCAUUGA